CUGAGACAUGUAAAUAAAUAAAGGUAAAUAACAACAUAAAACUAUAUCAAAUCCUGUGAGUGAGUGCUGACUACUGGAUUCUAGAUCCUAGUACUCAGUAAUGGUUUAUUGCGCUGUUCAGAGUUGUAAAAAUACCUCGGCUAAAUUAAAAAAAGAUAAACACGGCAUUACGUUCCACAGGUUUCCCCAAGACACAGAUAGACGCCGCCAAUGGGAGAUAUCUGUGAACCGUGGCAAUAAGUGGUCUUCCACAAAAUGUAGUGUGGUCUGCUCGGAACAUUUUGAUGCCCAAGAUUUUUACUUGACAGAAAGCGGACUGCGUCGACUUUGCAUAAAUGCUGUACCUAGUAUUAAUAUAUCUAUAUGCCAAUCUCCUGCACCAACCAUAUCCAACAUACCGAUAGUAGACAUAAAACCAACGGAUACAGAGGAAGUUAUACAGUUGAAAUUUAAAGUUCGCAGAUUAGAAGUAAUAGCGGAGAAUAGAAAGAGACGGCUAUAUCUCUUGUGGCAAGGGAGAAAGCGAAUGCGGACGAAACUUGACAAUAUGAAGAAUAUAAUCAAACAUUUGAUCAGGUACAGACAAGACAAGCAAGCUGAGGUGCGAGCCAACUACUGCCCGAACACAACUCAGAAGAUUUCAUAAAUCCAGAUUUUGGACACAGUAAGUGAAUGUUGAGUGAUCAAAAUACAGUUGUCACCACCCCUGUUCUUCCGGAAGGUAGGGACGGGAAUAUAACAGAACGGCCAGCAGCGUUCUCUGUGAUACUACUACCAGCUCUUACGAUCACUGCAAUGCCCAGCCUGGUUAUUAAAGGCAAACCCUCCCAUGGGGCCAGGCCUUGAGUCGAGCACACAUAGUUUCGCUGACUGCAGGGCUAGCUCAGGCAGGAGACAAAAAUUAUAUCCCCCGAUAAUAUCUGACAAAUGACAAAGGAUAUAAUUAACGCGUCCAUUGCUAAAGCAUGGGAACUGGAAAUAAGAGAAGUUUAUCACCGUUUAUUACACAUUGAUAAAGCUGUGGGAAAGAUACAUUUUUAUCCUUUCCCCGGGGAGAAAAUAGUAAAUAUAAAUAAAUAUAAAUAUACUGUGCCAUUACACACAUCUAGCCCCAAA